AUGGCGGCCGGGGGGGGGGAAAGUACGCACGCCGGCCAGGGGGGAAAGUACGCACGCCGGCCGGGUGGGAGAGUACGCACGCCGGCCGGGGGGAGAGUACGCACGGCGUCCGGGGGGGCGGGAGAGAGACGCACGGCGUCCGGGGCCCAGGGGCGAGAGAGAGAUGCACCUCAUCCGGGGGGCGAGGGGCGACAAAGAGAUGCACGGCAUCCGGGGGGCGAGGGGCGAGAGAAAGACGCACGGCGUCCGGGGGCCAGGGGCAAGAGAGAGACACACGGCGUCUGGGGGGCCGAGACAGAGACGCACAGCGUCCGGGGGGCGAGGGGUGAGAGAGAGAUGCACGGCGUCUGCACGGCGAGGGGCGAGAGAGAAAGGCACGGCGUCCGAGGGACGAGGGGCGAGAGAGAGACACACGGCGUCCGGGGGAUGAGAGACGCACUGCAUCCGGGGGGCGAGGGGCGAGAGAGAGACGCAUGGCAUCCGGGGGGCGAGGGGCGAGAGAGAGACGCACGGCGUCCAGGGGGCGAGGGGCGAGAGAGAGACACACGGCGUCCGGGGGGCGAGGGGCGAGAGAGAGACGCACGGCGUCCGGGGGGCGAGUGGCGAGAGAGAGACGCACUGCGUCCGGGGGGCGAGGGGCGAGAGAGAGACGCACGGCGUCCAUGGGACGAGGGUCGAGAGAGAGAGACACAGCGUCAGGGGGCGAGGGGCGAGAGAGAGACGCACGGCGUCCGGGGGGCGAGUGGCGAGAGAGAGACGCAAGGUGUCCGGGGGGCGAGGGGCGAGAGAGAGAUGCACAGCAUCCGGGGGACGAGGGGCGAGAGAAAGAGGCACGGCGUCGGGGGGGCGAGGGGCGAGAGAGAGACGCACGGCGUCCGGGGGGCGAGGGACAAGAGAGAGACGCACGGCGUCCGGGGUUCGAGGGCGAGAGAGAGUCGCACGGCGUCCGGGGGCCGAGAGAGAGACGCACGGCGUCGAGAGAGAGACGCACUGUGUCCGGGGGGCCAAGAGAGACAUGCACUGAGUCCGGGGGGCGAGAGAGAGACGCACUGCGUCCGGGGGCGAGAGAGAGAGGCACUGCGUCCGUGGGGCGAGAGGGAGAUGCACUGCGUCCGGGGGGCAAGAGAGAGACGCACUGCGUCCAGGGGGCGAGAGAGAGACGCACUGCAUCCGGGGGGCGAGAGAGAGACGCACGGCAUCCGGAGGGCGAGGGGCGAGAGAGAGACGCAUGGCGUCCGGGGGCCAGGGCCGAGAGAAAGAUGCACGGCAUCCGGGGGGCGAGGGGCGAGAGAGAGAGGCACGGCGUCCGGGGGACGAGGGGCGAGAGAGAGACACACGGCGCCCGGGGGAUGA